AUGUCGACUUCAGCACGACGUCGUUUGAUGCGUGAUUUCAAGCGCAUGCAAACCGAUCCCCCCGCCGGAGUAUCGGCCUCUCCCAUUGCCGAUAAUGUCAUGACUUGGAACGCUGUGAUUAUUGGGCCUGCUGACACUCCUUUCGAGGAUGGCACCUUCCGGCUAGUGAUGCACUUUGAAGAACAAUACCCAAAUAAACCUCCGGGGGUCAAAUUCAUCAGUCAAAUGUUCCAUCCAAAUGUCUAUGGUACCGGUGAGCUGUGCUUAGACAUUUUGCAAAAUCGCUGGAGUCCGACCUAUGACGUAGCUGCCAUUCUCACAAGCAUUCAAAGUCUCCUGAACGAUCCCAACACCUCCUCUCCUGCUAAUGUGGAGGCCUCAAACCUUUAUAAAGACAACCGCCGAGAGUACACCAAACGAGUACGAGAAACCGUUGAGAAGAGCUGGGAGGAUUGA